AUGUCUUCAAGCUCUGAUGGAACUGGAGCUACCUUCUCCAAAGAAACUGGUGCCAGCUAUGUCAUCCCAGAAGAGCCUGGUGUGAGUGAGAUGCCUCAGUUUGUGGCGUCGGUUUUCCUGGUGAGCAGUCCUGGGUAUGCAGUCAUUGACUCGGGGUGCGGUAAAACCAUCCUUGGCGAACACACACUGCGACAAUUUCAAGAUAUCUGGAGUAAGGAUGGAACAUUCAACCCGGAGUUCAAGAGUGAGACCAACGUGUUCAAAUUUGGAAACUGUGAUCGUGAAACAUCCACGAAAGUGGUACUGAUGCCGAUUGGCUUGGCAGGCCGAUACGGCACUGUGCAAGCUGCCAUCGUUCGUGGUGAUGCGCCCCUGCUCCUGUCCAGACCGGCUCUGAAGAAGCUUGGAGCGGUGCUGGAUUUUGACAGAGAUCGUAUGUGCCUGUUUUCUGGUGCUGUUGAGAUCGAUCUGACAUCUAAUGCAGCUGGACAGUAUGUUCUUGACGUCAUGGACUUUCCCAAGUUUGAGGCCAAGACGGUCAAGACUGAGGUGGAGAAGAUGGGCCUUCGGUGGGUAGAAACAGAGCUGAGUCAACACCCACCAGAACUCCUGGUGGUAUGUCUUCCCUGCACCAAUGCUGGGGGUUGGUUCCAUAUCAACGCCCUUCGAAUGCCCAUCCAUGAGGUGUUGAAACGUCCUUUGCUCCUUAAGAAGCAGAACGCCUUUUGCGAACGCCUGAUCCGUCAGCAACUUGCCUUAGGUUUGACAUGUGUUGAGGACGCAUGCCUUGUCCCUGAUGCAGCCGUCUUUGAAGCCUUGGCAGUUAUGGAACAAGUUGAGCAAGUAGUUUCUGGAGACAAGAGACGUCCUGCAGAGUCUUCAGCCGAAGAGCCGAAGCCGGAAGAAGACAUCGUUGAGACACGUGGCCAAGCCGAUCCAAGCAAUUUGAGUUUUGAGCGAAGUAAGCUGGACAGCUGCCUCUACUUUAUGAGGGAACAUGGCAAGUUGACCGGCGUCCUUGGUGCACAUGUUGAUGACGAAGGUGAAUUCACAGGAGCCCACUAUCGACAAGAUGUAGCCACUGGUAUUAUCCACAUGACUCAGCGUUCGUUUGCCGAAGCCUUGAAUGGCUCAACCUUGGCAGCUGAAGCGCCGGCGAUGGUUGCUGCAACAGGAACCUCAGAAUGGACUGCGCUUCUUCUUCUGAGUUGGGUUCCGACCAACCGAAUGCUGGCAGACUCCCUGACCAAAAGUGCUGGUGAUCCCACGGAUUUGCUGAGGGCUUGCAUCAGAAACACCACAUACCAAAUCAGCCCUGAAGAAACAGUUUUGAAACUUCAAGCAGAAGAACGCAAGAGUGCUCAAGAACGUGCCAUGCUGAAAGAGCUUCUGGCACGUGCUGCCGUGCCGGUGGAUGGAUCAGAGCCUUCUUCACCGGGUAGCUUCGCCUUCAUUGAUCCUUCUGAAUCAGGUCAUGCCAUGACUGAUGCCUCCAAGCGUCGUGGCUCUGAUGAACUGUUGGAAGGCCAGCCCAAGCGUGCAUAUGCAGCCUUGUCACCUCUGGGAUAUCCUGACGGAUCCGAUCGUCAGGCCUUGCGCAUGACUCCUCAUGGUCAGCCUAUCUUUCUGCCUGAAGGAAUGGAUAGUGUGGAAACCUGGGGUCGCAACGUGAUCCAGUUUGGGCGCUGCAUGGCCAAGAAAGGUGCUGAAGGUUUGAGCUAUGAAGAGUCGUUUUCCAGCGCUGAUGAAGAGAAUAUUUCCUAUGUGGAGUGGGCAGUCAAGCAAGUGCAAGGUGCCAAGGGCCUUUUGCUGGAUCUGAGCCUUUACUUGUGUGUGCGUCGUCACCAGACGGCCGUGACCAGCCAGUUGCCGGUGAUCCCUGGAACUAGUUUGACUCGAACAUCCGACGUCGAUACCCUAGGGGCUCAAUGUGCAGGAUCCUUUUGGACUCAUGUCCGCAAUGGUGUGAAAGAGUCCGAGCGUUUGCAGCUAGGUAGCUGGUUGGAAGAGGAACAGGAGUUCCUGGGCGUGGACCCAGCACGGGAUCCCGCGAUGACAGUUCACGUGGGGUGGGUCGCAGGCAUCAGUGGGUCCUUGAUCGGAGCCCCGGAGUUUGUCAAUGUGCUCAGCAGCAUCAAGGCUUUGGUUGGGGAUUGCGACAACAGCGAAGGAAUCUUGAUAGAGCAAUGCCAGCGCGUCCUGAACGUGAUGUUCGAGACGGUGGAGCUGGCGACGGUCAAGGUCCAAGCGGUGCCCUAUAUACACCUCCAAGGUGUCGGCGCCACCAAGACCUCCAUCAGUGCCGAGGGGAAGUACCACGGUGCCACUGCGAGACCAGACUUGGUCGAUGGUGAAGCUCUGAAUCGAGUCAUUGCCCUGUGCCUGAGGGCUGCAGCUGUGGGGCGGCGGACCCCGAAGUUGAGGGAUGUUCGUGAUGCUUUUGAGAAGCCAUUGAGACGACAUGGCCCCGUCACUGGCCCGUCACCUUCUGUUUUGGAUGAUGCUUUGCCAAUUUGGAAUGAAGAUCUACCACCUGUUCCUGAAGAAGAUGAUGAAGAGCUAGAACCUGUCGAAGAGGGCGAUGACUCCGUUUGGGGCGUUCGACCUGGUAUCUUUGAUGGAGAUGACACUGAUGGUGGUGGAGAUGUCACAGUGGUUGCUCCUGACAGAAAUGUCAGGCCAAGAACGGAAGUGCCACAGCCGGAGUCCGAUAGAGGGACAGCGUUGAUGCCUUCACGCACAGAGUCUUGCAAGCGCAUCAGCAUCGGCAAGUGCACCUACAUCGCGCGCGACUGCGCCGC